AUGGGCUCCGAUCAAGUCAGUUCAAACAACAUCAACAAGCGAUUUAAUGAGCGAUAUUUUAGUAGGCGCUUUCAAAAUCUCAUUACUUGCUCCGAAACCGACCAUCUCUUUCGCUUGUCCGGUCGGCCGGCUGGCCAAUUUGCUCUGGCCAGUAACGGUGCCGGGGCUAAGAGAAGCUUAGGCACCUCUAUUGGAUUAAGCCAAUUGCCAGUUGAUGAAUCCCUUCAGCGAGAAUAUUAUCAAUAUUAUUAUUAUUUUUCUUUCUUUCUUUCUUUCUUUCUUUCUUUCUUUCUUUCUUUCUUUCUUAUCGGGUUGCUUCUAAUUGAUUAUUCUUUCCGUCGAAUGAUGGACGAUGUUAUCCAGGGAAAUGUCGCACGAGAAUUCGACAUUAAUCUGCACAUGGAUAUCUAUGAACGACCUUUCUGGCGAUGCCUUGUCCACAUUCGGUCUCUGAUGAUUCGGCGUGCGUCAGAUCAAUUUCGGUAUCUGUGGAUUACCAUGUUAUCUAUCUAUCUAUCUAUCUAUCUAUCUAUCUAUUAG